AUGAUGCUCAUUGGCGCAAUAUUAGCCGGGAUCUGCCCGGCGAAUAUUUACCCCUCUUUAAGUACGAUUCCCCAGGUCAAGGAAGUCCUGGAGACACCAGUAACUAGACUCGUCGAUCCUGAAAUGCCGUCGCAGACAAUUACACUCGAAAGCCAGGCUCUUCGAGUCAAAGUACUUAUUGAUAAGGAUGGGGCAGCUUUCUUACAAGGGGUGCUGCCUCUUCCCGACACUUCGCCAACCCCCGCGUCGAAGAAUUUCAGUGACUCGUAUGCGCCGCUGGUAGAGGUGCGGCUGGCCGGAGAGGGAACAGAAAGAAACAAGUCCUCGAAAAGUCUCGUGGGGAGCUAUGUCGGCUCUCGUCUGCAGUAUCAGUCCCAUGAGAUUGAGAGAGGCGCAGAUACCCAGACACUCCAUGUUCGAUUGCAGGAUGGUAUUUCCGGGGCGCUGGUUACAUCGCAUCUCACAGUUUACGAGGGGUUCCCGGUUCUGCGUGCGACGGCUAGCAUCCAAAACGGUGGUGACAAAGACCUCGUCGUGACGCAGCUCACAUCGCUAGUUCUCGGUGGGCUAUCGACUAAUUCAAAGAGAUGGUGGCACGAGUAUAGAUUAUCUGUACCCAACAACUCGUGGUUCCGAGAAGCACAGUGGAUUGAACAUGACCUGCCCAGUCUUGGAGUCGAUGAUUGUGGCGUCUACGGACGGCCUGAUGAGCACUGGGGAAGCCUGACGCACUAUUCUGUAUCGAACCGCGGCACCUUUUCCACGGAAGGUCAUCUCCCAAUGGGACUUCUGAAACACGUCAGCGGGAAAGAUACCUGGCUCUGGCAGGUGGAGAACAAUGGCUCGUGGCGAUGGGAGAUAGGAGACUGGAAGGACAGCAUUUAUCUGGCUGCUGGUGGGCCUGUAGAGACCGAGCAUGACUGGAGGGAGAGGCUCGCUCCAGGACAGGAGUUUACUACCGUGCCUGUUGCGCUGUGCCAUGUCCAGGAUGACUAUGAGGAAGCCUUUGCAGCCAUGACCCGGUACAGACGCCAGAUCCGACGCAAGCACCGAGACCACGACGGACUGCCAAUCAUCUUCAACGAUUACAUGAACUGUUUGAUGGGUGAUCCCACUGAGGAGAAAAUAUUAGCGCUUGUAGAUCCCGUUGUCAAAGCAGGCGCGGGGUACUUUGUGAUUGACGCUGGGUGGUACGCCGAUGACUCCGGUUGGUGGGACGAUGUUGGAUUGUGGGAGCCAUCUCAGAAGAGGUUUCCAUCGGGAUUCAAGGCCCUUCUAAGUCAGAUCCGAAACAAAGGAUUGAUUCCUGGACUAUGGAUCGAGCCUGAAGUCAUCGGAGUCCGCAGCGCUGUGGCAAAGCAGCUACCAAACGAAGCGUUCUUCCAGCGAGAUGGUCAUCGCGUCGUGGAGAAGAAUCGAUAUCAACUCGAUUACCGUCAUGCCGCCGUACGAGAGCACAUGAGCGCCGUCAUCCAUCGUCUUGUGACUGAAUACGGCGUUGGAUACUUCAAGUUCGACUACAACAUCGAUGUCACCCAAGGGACAGACAUCAGCUGCUCAAGUCCUGGCUCCGGCCAACUAGAGCAUAACCGUGCUUACCUUCACUGGGUAAACGAAUUGCACGAUCGCUACCAUGACCUCGUGAUUGAAAACUGCUCCAGCGGUGCCCAGCGAAUGGAUUACGCCAUGUUGGCGGUCCACGCUCUCCAGUCGUCGAGCGACCAGCAAGAUCCAGAGCGCUACCCGGCCAUUGCGUCGGCUCUCCCUACUGCAGUUACUCCGGAACAAGGAGCAAUAUGGGCCUACCCGCAGCCGGCAUGGGAUGAUGAGUUUAAUGCGAUGACCGUAGUCAAUAGUCUUCUGGGCAGAGUGCAUCUAAGUGGUCGCUUAGAUCUUCUCCGGCCGGAGCAGUUUGAUUUGAUCAAAGAGGGCAUGGAUGUUUAUAGAGCCAUACGGGCUGAUUUGCCCACAGCAACCGCCUUUUGGCCUUUGGGUCUUCCACAGUGGCAUGAUGAUUGGUUCUCACUCGGUAUGGUUGUGACGAAGCGCGAGGGCAAUGGUCGCCAGUGCUAUUACCUUUCGAUUUGGAGACGAGGCGGUCCCGAAUCUAUUGACCUGCCCGUCAAAGCCCUCUGUGGUAGGGAUGUUAGCACUGAGAUCCUUUAUCCUACCAGUUUUCCUGCGACGAUUGAAUGGUUGUCUAACAAAGGUUUAUUGAAAGUCACUAUUCCGUCUGAAAUGGGAGCUCGACUUAUCAAGCUGACAGCAGAGUGA